AUGAUGCAUGGAAGCGCUGACAUGAAUACAGCUCAAUUUAUUAAUCGUGCCAAGCAUGCUGCACUAACACAGGCUGGAUCGAAUUUGGCUAACCUCUUUGGCCUAAACAACGGGCCCCAAAUGGGUUGUCAAAUGAGCGGACCUCAUCCCGGUCCACAUCACAUAGAUUUACCGGGGCCGCAUGCCAGUAACAAUGGAGGACCAAUGAUGGGUCCAGGGAACAUGGGUAUGAUGAAUGGAGGUGGGCAAAUGUCAUCCAAUGGUCCGAUGCCUGGUGGAACAUUCACAUUCACUUCACAGUUGAGUGGAAUUCCAAUUCCCGACCACCCUUCGGGCGCAUUCCCCACUUUUGAUUGCAUCAUGGUGCCAGCUGGAUGUGGUCAGGGGCAACAAGGCAGCCCCAGCCCAGGGAGAGGAAUGCUUGGUGGCGUGGGAGGAGGAUCAGAAAAUGGUAGUGGCCUACACAAUAGUAUGAUGAUGAAUAGCUUCACCGGAGGGGGCCAGGCUCCAAUGCCUUCUGGAGGUGGACAGCAAGGCCCAAUGAGCGGAUUUCCAAAUAUGAUUAAUCUUGGACACCCUCUUCCUGGAGGCUACAUUUCAGGCGGUUCUGUUGGGACUAAUGGAUAUAUGGGCCCUAUGCUUGGUAGUGGCGCACCUCAGAUGCAGCCGCUAAACCAGAUGGGGCUCAUGGGUUCAGUAGGCCUGAUGGGAGGUGGAGAAAGCGGCUCUGGACGUAUGCGAAAUUUGUUCUAG